AGCGUCCAUCAUAAAUUCAUUAUCAUCACCAUCAAUCACCACCACCUUUCAACUCCAAUUCCGAAAUUAGUCACCGAAAUUUCUUAUCACGCUCUAUACCGCUCCUAUGUUCGAUGCACGAAUAAUAAUUAAUUAACUAAACAUGUACGACGACUACGACCAUCGACCUCGUGACGAGCGGGAUUACUACAGGCGUAGAUCGCCCGCUCCUAGAGAUAACCACUAUCGUUCGCGGCAUGAAUCUUCUAGGUCUCCCAAAAGGACACCUCCAAGGGGACCGAGAGGAGAGGAAUCCUACCGUGCUCGGCGCUCUUCUGUCGGGCGAAGACGAGACGCGUCCACCGAGCUUCGCCAAUCCUUCCCAGAUCGUGCUAUAAGGUCCAGUGGCGAACUCUAUAACAACGAAACCGACUAUUCGCCCGCAUAUUCUCCCGCGUAUGACCGUGAUCGUGACCGUGAUCGUGACCAUGGUCGAGGUAGAGAUCGGGAUCGACAUUAUGUAGACCACGACGAUCCUCGGGGGCGCUACCACAACGACAAUAACAACAGAAGUCCCCGCCGCGCCAAUUCGGGCGCCUCGUCUCCUUUCGAUUCAGCCGAUGAUGGCUAUUACCAUGAACCCAAUCGCCGAUCUAGGCUUGGGCGGCCAUACCAUACCCUUAAAUUAGAUGAUAUCCCGGAUAGGAUGAGCACGCAGGAGAUCGAUGUUAUUAUGCGGGAUAUGGGAGCUUCUAGUCUUGUUGAGGUUCGCAUCAAAUCCGACGAUAGAAGCGGGGCUCGACGGUCGUAUGCAUUCGCCGAGUUUAGAUCCGAAGAUGAUGCUAUCGAGUUUCUUGAGAGACACUACCCUGCUCUCGACAUUGUUACAAGCCACGGUUCCUCCAUUCGCAUUCCUAUCGAGUAUAGUCGCGAGCGUCGUCACAUCGCAAACCCCGACGAUUGGAAAUGUACCAUGUGUCACUUCGAGAACUUUUCUCGACGAGUUACUUGCAAGCAGUGUAAGGCGCCUCGAUCAUUAGAAAAUACUGCGGAUAUGAAACUGGACGGCAAAAGUGACGAAUGUCCGCAACAAACGCCAUCCCAGUUCCUUGUCAUCCGUGACGUAGCUUCGUCAGUAACCGAGACGAUGCUAGCUAGCGAUAUAAAGAAGCUUUACGUGACGAGGGAAGAUGAGCCUAAACAAUCUUCCAUCACGCCAAACAAGCUCAAGAGUACAGCCCCGAUUGGAAAUACCAGUGGCUUAGGUGCUAAGCCUGGCUCGUUGGUCCGUGUCUUUAUGAUCAGAGACAAGUAUUCGGACAUCAGCUGCAACUACGGAUUCGCCGAAUUCUCGACCUUGGACGAUGCGCGAGCCGCCAUGGCGAAGUAUGCCGCUUCCCCUCAGUUCACCGUUGCUUCGAAACCUAUUACCGUAGCGUAUAUACAUUCUGGCGUCUUCAUACCAUACCUACGUCCGGUCGAGGACGAGGAGCGCAGGUUCACCUUUUCAGCAGCUCAUAACCAGUCCCUGAGACUCGUCUACUGGAAUCCAUCAGUGUAUGCGAACGAAUUCACCGUCUUCAAUGAGAACUUAUACGAGGACAAGACGCAGACUACCGAACAGCUCAAGACUGACGCCGAUCGACCUGCGGGUAAAGAUUCCAAAAAGAGGAAAGCGGAGAAAGACCUUGUCGCGCCUAAUGGCAAAAAGGUCAUUGCGAUGGCUCCCCAGUUGCAGAAGUGGGCAAACAAGCACGCCGAGCUUUACGGAUCUAAGGAGUCGGGUGGUAGCGGUGGGGAUCCCGUGGACAGCAAGGCGCCUGCAACCGGAUCCAACGCCAUAGGUCCGACAGGCUUAGGCAUUCCAGCGGGGUUGGCGACACCGUCCACCAUAUCAUACGCCGAUCUUGAUAAAAUGUGCUGCCUCUUGUGUAGGCGCAAGUUCAAGAGCGAGCCCUCCCUCCGCAGGCAUGAGCAGAUAAGCGAUAUGCACAAGGCUUAUCUCGAUAAUGAAUCGUUCAUAGCUAAGGCAACCAAAGACUUGAAGGCUCUUGGCAAGGAGCCCAUAUCUAACUAUCGGGAUCGGGCCAAGGAGCGCCGAAUGACGCACAACCAGCCUAAAAAGCCGAAACCCCAUCUUCCUAGAAAGAACCUCCAGGCAAUCAAAGACUCCGGACCCGCUGCGGAGACGCUAUCAGCGAAGCCUUUGAUUUCAAAAGGUGCGGGCUUGCUAGCUAAAAUGGGAUGGAGUACGGGGGAAGGCCUCGGGGCCGAAGGAGGCGGACGUACGGACAUUAUCGAGACGAUGGCGUAUGCUCCAGGAGUUGGUCUCGGGGCAGAGGGUGGCAAGAUCGGAGAUGCUUCUGAGGAGGCAGCUCGGGCCACAAAGAACGACUACGCAGACUUCGUUUCGAAGGCAAAGGACAAGGCAAGAGAGAGAUAUGAGCAGAUGGGAUAGGCCGAUCAUUAGGUAUUGAUGUGCCCAUGGACGCUGGUCUAGUUUUGUCCGGCGCGUAUAAUACAUAUCAUGGCCGACGCCGCAUAACUGAUAAGAAUUGUACAAAAUAUGAUGGCUACGCUGUAAUUAUGUACUGUGUAGGCAAUGGAUCCGCCAUCGAGGUGCA